ACUGGCACUACAUUGAAGUGCAUAUCGCGCUUAUGAUGAUCGAAGUGAUUGUUGUGAUCGUAUUUCUGGUCAUAUUUGGCCACCGAUUGUCACAACGACUGCAUUUCGCCCAAACAAACCCAUUGUCAGUGAAUGACGGCGCACCGGCAGCUCUGGUAUCGCCUAAUAAGCGGUCCCACCCUUACGGCAUUCCCAGUCAUUUGCCGCCAAAAACACUCAAAUUUGAAGACGAUAAUAAGUCACAAGAAGUGAUGUCUAAUAAAGUGGCGAAUAGUCAGCGAAAAAUCCGAAAGAAAAAGCGAAAAACGCAAGCAAUCAAUGGUUUGAAUGCCUUAUCGCAGAGUUUGGACGGCAAAGCGCUGGUAGUCUCGGGCACCGGCGCCGACUCUCUGAUAAAGUGCGGCCCUUUCGGCGCCGACCUCUCCAAUGAGGCCUUAAUAGUGAAAUCUCAGUCAACGCCCGCUCUGACAGUCAAUACGUCACUCAAUAGGCUGUCCAACGGGGGUCACCGGCCGUUAGACUCGACGCUGGACUCUAACGGGAGGUGUAGUUCCUGUCACUCGUCGACGUCGGGCGUGUCGUCCAACUCAACGCUAUCGACAAAUGUGUUGAAAACAAAUCAUUUGCCACUCAAUAGUAGUCCUAAUAAUGAGAUUAAACUCUGA